AAGUAUUUAUUUGGUAUGCAGGAAAUAUGUAAUUCAUGGGAAAUAGACUUUUUCAGGAAAUGGAAAUUGUCAAUGAUCAUCAAGCUUUUGGUUGUGCUUUGUUUAGCUGAGGAAGCUUUCUCUAAGACCAAAAAACAUGACCACCAAAGUCGUUCUGGUUUUGACUUUUUCUACUUUGUGCAACAGUGGCCAGGAGCAUAUUGUGACGCAAAAGGGCGGAGUUGUUGUUUCCCAGGUAAUGGGAAGCCAUCAACAGAUUUCUCUAUCCAUGGCCUUUGGCCAAAUUACAAUGAUGGUGGUUACCCUUCCAAUUGUGACAGCAGUAAACCCUUUGAUGAAAGUCAGUUAGACGAGUUGGAAAGCAGGCUAGAAACAGAAUGGCCAUCACUUGCAUGCCCAAGCAUAGGACCCAAAUUUUGGGCACAUGAGUGGAAUAAACAUGGAACAUGCUCAUUCUUCUCCAACCAACAAGACUACUUCCAAGCUGGCCUAGACCUCAAGGACAAGACCAACCUCCUCCAAGCCCUCAAAGACGAAGAGAUCGAACCCAACGACGAGUUUUACAAUGUUGAAGACAUGAAGGAGGCCAUCAAGAAGAAGAUCGGGUUUUACCCUUGGAUCGAGUGCAACCAUGAUUCCGACGACAAUAGCCAGCUUUAUCAAGUAUAUAUUUGUGUAGAUACUAAUGGAAAGGACCUUAUCAAAUGUCCUGUGCUUCCUCGUGGAAACUGUGCCUCUAGAGUUCAGUUCCCUAAAUUUUAAGCAUAGGGUCUUGAUGAUCAUCUCCUUAUUAGUUUCAAUUCCUUGAAUAUGGUGAAUUAUAUAUAUAUGUUCUUCACCAUUCUCACAAUUCAUGUAUAUGAUGUAGCUUUCAUGUCAUUCUUUGAUAUUGAGCUGUUCAUACUUCAUUACUUCAGUGUUGUUAGUUGUCGUUGUUUCCUUUA